AUGACACAGCAAAACGUGGGGGCGUGUUCCCCCCCCCCCAUUCGUCUCCACAAUUUAAAGGUUUCUUCUCCACAAUUCAAAGAUUCAUUUUUAUUGUUCAUUUUAAACAUUCCAUAGCCAUAAGUGCUCACAAACCGUAAGUCAAACUCACCAGUAAACUGUACAAGUAUGUGUAGAUGUUUGAAUAUAUGUGAAUAGCUAACAUCACUUUCAUACGUGAUCGGAUUUUGUGGGGAGAUGAACACCACCCCUGAGAUCAUUUUGCAUCUCCCCUGAAAAAGUCAAUCAUACAGCUUCUCCCCCCCCCCCCUGGGGAAAGUUAUUCAGAGCGCUGCACCAGAAUCGCAGGGUCGCUUUCCUACCAGAGAGCCUAUACUGCUAUACAGAGGGUCUAUACUGCUAUACAGAGGGCCUAUACUGCUAUACAGAGAGCCCAUACUGCUAUACAGGGAACCUAUACUGCUAUACAGAGGGCCUAUACUGCUAUACAGAGGGCCUAUACUGCUAUACAGAGGGUCUAUACUGCUAUACAGAGGUCCUAUACUGCUAUACAGAGGGCCUAUACUGCUAUACAGAAAGCCUAUACUGCUAUACAGAGGGUCUAUACUGCUAUACAGAGAGCCUAUACUGCUAUACAGAAAGCCUAUACUGCUAUACAGAGGGUCUAUACUGCUAUACAGAGAGCCUAUACUGCCAUACAGAGGGCCUAUACUGCUAUACAGAAAGCCUAUACUGCUAUACAGAGGGCCUAUACUGCUAUACAGAGGGCCUAUACUGCUAUACAGAGGGCCUAUACUGCUAUACAGAGGGCCUAUACUGCUAUACAGAGGGCCUAUACUGCUAUACAGAGGGCCUAUACUGCUAUACAGAGGGCCUAUACUGCUAUACAGAGAACCUAUACUGCUAUACAGAGGGCCUAUACUGCUAUACAAAGGGCCUAUACUGCUAUACAGAGGGUCUAUACUGCUAUACAGAGGGCCUAUACUGCUAUACAGAGGGCCUAUACUGCUAUACAGAGGGCCUAUACUGCUAUACAGAGAGCCUAUACUGCUAUACAGAGGGCCUAUACUGCUAUACAGAGGACCUAUACUGCUAUACAGAGGGCCUAUACUGCUAUACAGAGGGCCUAUACUGCUAUACAGAGGGCCUAUACUGCUAUACAGAGGGCCUAUACUGCUAUACAGAGGGCCUAUACUGCUAUACAGAGGGUCUAUACUGCUAUACAGAGGGCCUAUACUGCUAUACAGAGGGCCUAUACUGCUAUACAGAGGGCCUAUACUGCUAUACAUUUCCAUCUAUAAAAACCUUCUGGUUUUGUUUAUUUUAGAUUGUUGGUCGACUUAUAGUUGGAUUUGGCACGUCGCUUUCAGCCAUUGCAGAAUGCAUUUAUAUUGCAGAAAUUGCGCCUCCUGUAAGUAUGUCAUGCUUUAGUUAUUUUAAAGUUGUUGAUGGGAGUGGGACACACCACCUGAUUAAGGUGGAUGAACCUGUUAGAGUUGCAAUCUUGUACCCAGAGCUUGCCCGUUUGCAGGUAGGGGCGGGCAUAGUGCUGCCUUUUACUGCCAAGUUAAGCCUGCAUGCUAGUGUAGAUGAUCGAGGGCAAGUGAGGUGGUGUGAGGUGAGGUGGAAUGGGGUAGAGGAGUGAUCGAGGUGGAGUGUCAUGAAAUUAGGUGGGGGUGAUGUAAGGUAAGGUUGUGUGAAUUGGUGUAAAAGUAAUAUAAUAAAUCACUGUUGCAAUUUUCUGUUUUACAGAAAAAGAGAGGUCUGUUGGUCAGUGUGAAUGAGAUUGGUAUCGCUUCUGGUUUGCUGUUGGCAUAUCUGGUUAACUUUAUAUUUAUCAAUACUGACAAUGGCUGGUGCGUGUUCAUUACGUAGUAAAAAUAACAUUGACUCUCCUUGUGUCAUUUCAAUACUGACCAAUAUUAUCCUGUAAUUAGCAGAUCAUAACUGAUAAAGUUAUCUUGUAUAAAUAAAGUUACUUUAGUUUAAAUUUCCUCCUGUUGUAACACUGGAUCAAUAAGAGAUCACACUUACUGGACCUCUACGAAGAACAGUUUAGAACUGAUAGAGCUAUCCAGUAUAAAAAAAGUUAGUCUAGUUUAGGUUUCCUCCUGUGGUAACACUGGAUCAAUAAGGGAUGAUCCUUACUGGACCUCUAGGAAGAACAAUUUCAAACUGUAGAGCUAUCUCCUGUAGUAACACUGGAUCAAUAAGGGAUGAUCCUCCCUGGAUCUCUGGGGAGAACAGUUUGGAACUGAUAAAGCUAUAUCCAGUUAUGAACAAACUUAGUUUAGUUUAGGUUUCCUCUCUAGUAACAGUAGAUCAAUAACUGGACCUCUAGGGAGGACAUUCUAGAACUGAUAACAAAGUUAUCUCAGUUUAUAAUAGGAUUAUUUCUGCAGUGAUACUGGAUAGAAAAGGAUGGUUCUUACUAUUCAGUUAAAUAUUGCAAAGUUGUAUGAACAGUAUUCCCAGCAGUGUGUAAUGUUGUAUGUAUUGUUAAUGAUUUAGGCGUUACAUGUUUGGUAUUUCUGGAAUCCCAGCAUUAAUUCAAGGUUAUGGUAUUAUCUUUCUACCACCCAGUCCAAGAUGGCUUAUCUGUCAGGGUCAAGAUGCUAAGGUAUGGCAUGCAGGGGUGCGCACCCGACCUAGUGGUGUCUAACACCCCCUAGAGAAAUCCAGCACCACCCUAAAAAUCGGCAUUUCUGCUUUUCGAAUAGCGAUUAGCGAAACUUCUACUGUUAGCGCGUGUCGACUUCUUGAAACGAUUUCAUUGAUUUGAGAUUUGUAGAUCCGUCCCUGAUUAUUCAUAUCAUGCUCAACUUUAUUCAUAAAGCUGGAUUUUACCAAUCUAUAGGCAUUGCGUGUGAUGACAUUGUUAAACCAUGGUGGCGAGCCAGAAGAAGAAAUAUCAAAAAUGAAGGAUGCAUUAAAUUUAGAACAGGUAAGUGGCAGAUAUUUUCGAGUCCAUAACCGUGGUAUCACAGCUUUUUCUUGCAGUUUUUGAAAUAGUAGCUUUUCAGUGGUAUUGUUAUCCAACCUUUGCACAACCCUCCCAGUUGUAUUGUGUCUAGGGAGGGCGGGAGAAGCUAAGGGGGGGGGGGGCAAAGGUUAUAGAGAAAGAGAACGAGGGAAAAUGGGAGGGGGUUAGGACGCAUGCUACGCUUGUUGCGGCGUCUACAUUUCACAGUAGAGUAUAUUAGCUGACUCCUGCAGUAUCUUUUUCACUUGUUUUCAGAACUAUAAUAUUUGUUAUUUAUUUGGCCGCCAUGAGAACAUGAGAGACAGAAUGUUGGUGGGCCUUGGAUUGGUGUUUUUCCAACAGGUAUAAAAUAACGUAAUUCCCUGGUCUUGAAUUGAUACUUGGGGUUUAGAGUUCAGUUGCGGGAUCCUUCUGUAGUAACACUGGAUGAAUAAGGGAUGAUUCUUACUGGACCUCUAGGGACAACAGUUCAGAACUGAUAGAGCUAUAUUCAGUAUAAAUAAGGUUAGUUUAGUUUAGGUUUCCUCCUGUAGUAACACUGGAUGAACAAGAGAUGACUCUUACUGGAUCUCUAAGGAGAACAGUUUAGAACCGAUGGAGCUAUCCAGUAUCGCUAAAGCUUAGUUUUAGUUUGUUAGAGUGUAUUAAAAAACCUGUGUGCGUCUGAAUAACGCAGUUGACUGAUGGAUAAUCCAUCGUUUAGUUUACAGGUCAGCCCAGUGUGUUGUAUUACGCACCGUCUAUUUUUGAGAAUAUUGGAUUUCGUUCACAUUCUGCAGCUACUUUGGCGACUGUAGGAAUUGGUCUGACUAAGGUGAGUUCUCAAAUACAGCGGGCUCUAUUAUAUUCGUUUUUAUAACGAUUUAUAGUGAAUUAUGUUGUUGAAUAAUUUGUGAUCAUAUAUGAUGAUACAAUCUGUGUAACACAUUUAUAUUCUCUCUAAAAUCAAAAUGUGGAUCAUGACUUGGCAUGUGGAAACAGAACGAUGCUCGAUAUUAAUUUGUACAUUUAUAAUCUGCACGUUUUUCUUGCAGUUUUUUGCGACAAUUAUUACGUUGUUUUUGGUGGAUAAAGCAGGUUUGUAACAAAGGUGAACACUGUAAGCCCCCCUCUCCCCCGUUUGAAGGAAAAAUUAUGCCCCCUGUCUACGAAACCUUGUCUUCCCUUUGAACAAAGAAACACAUACGCUUUUAUCAGAUUAUUAAACCUGCAAUUUUACGUGAAUGAAUUUUACAGGACCCACCCCCAAAGAUGUUAUAUACAAAAACUUGUGGUAGAGCUCGACAACUGGCCUCUGUAGCUCAGUUGGUUAGAGCGCUGCACCGGAAUCGCAGGGGCGCAGGUUCAAUUCCUGCCAGGGACCUUGUGUUGCAUUUUUUCACAACUGUUCCUGGUUAGAUCUAAAUAUUGUCUAAGUAUAUGGUACCCGGACAUUUUGCCGAAAGACACUUUGCCGAAAGACACUUUGCCGAAAGACACUUUGCCGAAAGACACUUUGCCGAAAGACAUUUUGCCGAACGGACAUUUUGCCGACGGUCAUUUUGCCGAACGGACAUUUUGCCGAACGGACAUUUUGCCGAACGGACAGUUUGCCGAAAGGACAAUUUGCCGAAAGGACAACUUGCCGAAAAUAAAGAUGUUAUUUCGUCAAAAUGUUUGGGACUGUGACUCAUUUCUCAACUGUGUAAUUCUCAACCAUUGUGUAAAAUAACCAUUAUAUGGUCAUUAGCAGUGCAUAUAUAAUGGGUCAUUAGCCGUGCAUAAUGGUUGUUAGCAGUGCAAAACCAUAUUGACUAUUGGUAGCUUGUUGGUGCUUUGUAGCUUGUUGGUAGCUUGUUGGUGCUUUGACGUCAGAUCGUAAACAAACAAGCGAAUAUAAAGGCGACGUAAGCGAAUUUCACUUCGAGAAUCAUGCAUACAUUCACAGUUUUCGGGGAAAUCACAUUCAUGAAUGAUGUUGAAUGAUGUUAUUCUUUAUAUCGCGAAUUUUCGGUAAACUUGUCAAAAACUUGAAAGAAUAUAAAACGAAACUAUACUUCACUAUCAAAGUUUCUGUCAUCAAAAUCGACAAUUAAUGACUUUAAUCACAGAAACUUUGACCGUGUAAGCGAACCUUUAAAGUUCAGAAGAUAUCUCUAUUUUCGGCAAAAUGUCCGUUCGUCAAAAUGUCCGUUCGGCAAAAUGUCCGUUCGGCAAAACGUCCGUUCGGCAAAACGUCCGUUCGGCAAAAUGUCCGUUCGGCAAAAUGUCUUUCGGCAAAAUGUCUUUCGGCAAAGUGUCUUUCGGCAAAAUGUCCAGCCACCUAAAUAUAUAUUAUCAUUUGGAUUACCCAUGUACUCAGUGAAGUAAAUAAGCCCUCUCCCCCUUUCGGGCUUGCUUCCAACAGUACUGAAUUUUACUAUCAUCUGUCGCGCUGUAAUGCUUAUUAGAACCCACCCAUAUGAACAAAUCGAAUGUGUCGUAGGCUGCAUGCGUUCAGACUGGUGCCCAAUCUUCAAACUGGUUUCCAAAACAUGUUGAGCACAGUGACGUUGUUGAGUACUACCUGUAGAAGUUGUGCCCUUUCUUGGGCACUGUGCCCAAUUUCAUUUGGAAGCGUCGUAUUCAAACUAGGCACCAAAACAAGUAACAGACCCCAGUGCCGGGCACCCAGUCUAAACGCGGCCUUAAUUAUAUCUUUUGCAUUUCAGGUCGCCGUCGCUUCCUGCUAUUUGGUUCCAUUAUAAUGACCGUUAGUAUAUGUUUACUUUAUACAGUCACAUUUUGUUUCCCGGGAUCUUACCAUCAAGAAAUCUGUGAAAGCGCUCCAAAGCAUCACAACGUUCAUACAAACCUUACUCUCGUUCCUUCCUAUUCAAUCAAUACUACCACUUGUACAUAUAUUUUUAAUAAUCAACCCAGUUCACAUCACUUGGGUAAAAGUAUCGGGCUGUCUGGACAACCGUCUUUUACUACCCUACCAAUAUAUAACACGCAAUCGCAUCAUGAUCUGCAGAAGACUCAAAACUGGAAUUUUAGUCUUUCUAAAACGAGAACACCAUUCACCCAGUAUAAUUCUCCAACUCCGGCCAGUGUUAUUCAUAGCAAUUCACCGUUGCUGUCUACAUCAACUGAACUGGGCAAAGAUCAAGACAAAGGGAUACUUGUUUGCUCUCCUCGGCCAACUACAAGCAACGUCAAGACAAAUUCUACAACAAAAAAUCAGUCUACGACAAGCAGCUAUGAAGGUGAAAUGCCAAAUGUGGUCAAAUAUGUGACAGUUUUCUCACUUAUGGCAUUCGCUGGAGGAUAUUCUUCAGGCUAUGGACCAGGUGAGAAACUAGCAAAGUAAAAUUUAUUUUGUACUGGAUAGCUUUAUCAGUUGUUCUUCCUAGAAGUCCAGUAAAGAUCAUCUCUUAAAUUGAUCCAUUGUCACUACUGGAGGAAACCUAUAAACUAAAGUAACUUUCUUUAUACUGCAUGGAUAGCUAUAUCAGUCCUAAACUGUUCUCCCUAGAAGUCCGGUAAGAAUCAUCUCUUAAAUGGAUCCAGUGUUACCACAGAAGGAAACCUGAACUAAACUAACUUUAUUUAUACUGGAUAGCUUUAUUGGUACUGACAAUUAUUUAUAUCAAUUAUAUAGUUGGUUGGUUGAUGUUGAGUGAAAUUUUCCCAACUUCCAUCAAAGGACGUGCAUUUGCUGCAACGACUGUCCUCAACUGGAGUUCAAAUCUUGUUGUCUCGCUAACUAUGUUGGAUCUGAUAGGUUAGCAUCGUAAGCGUAUAAUGCAGUUUGUAUUCGGUUAAGCUAUAUUGAGAAGUAAUGAAGCUAUUUGCCGAAAACGAAAAAAAUAAUAGACUAUAAACACGCGUAUAACUCUCACAGCUUGUCAACAAGAUGUGUUCGCACUGCAUGUUUGUUCCAAAAAAAUGUAUCAUCUUGUAACAAUGGGGUUAACAGACUCUCAACUAGUUGUUCCAACAAGUCUGAUAUCGUCUACACGUAACAAGUUGUUAACAAGUUGAUGAUAACAAGCCCGUAGGAAAUUGUUACGAACAGCCUGUAUUAGUCUUGUUGGAACAACUUGUUGCAAGUCUGUUACCGUCAUCAGCCUUGUAACAAGAUGAUAACAACUUGUUUCAGACUUGUCACAACAACUGGGAACAAGCAGUGCUUCCCUUGCAGUUCAGCUCAGUUUUGGCUACAAUCACUAUAGUCUGUUAACUUUACUUUGUCAUUUUUUCCUACAGAUUCUGUUGGUGUUUCGUGGACAUUUUUUGUUUAUGGUAUUCUCGGAAUUGUUGCUAUUAUUUUUAUUUAUAAAUUUGUUCCUGAGACAAAGAAUCGUUCCUUGGAAGAAAUAAAUGCUUUAUUUUCAACGAGGUUGGGUUACCAUUUUUAAAUAAUUUUUAUACAGUAAAGCCACGCAAAAGAACCAGUGAAUUUUGACUUCAGGCUGAACCGCUGAAGUUGUUCUUAACUUCAUUGUUCUUAUUUCCAGUCAAAACCUAUUGUUCUGGUUUAGAGUUUUAAACAUUUUAUUCAGGGUUUUUUUCAGGAUUUUGUCUUGGGCCCAUUUUUGCAGAGAAGAUUGAGUUUAGCUGAACAGCUGGGGUGGCUGCACCUGUCCACCUACCGGGGGGCUGACACUUGUACUCAAUAAAUGUAGUUGAGAUGGAAUGUGUUAAAGCAGGGACACUAUAAACUGGUUAAAGAUGGCGAACGCAUAAGUUUUUCUUGUAUUGUGAGAUGGAUUCCAGCAUCGGGUUUCCAACUGAAGACUAAUUUCCACACGUCACAAAUUUAACUCAAACAACUUCAUUUUUACUGCACUGAAACUUUGGUGAGAAGAUUGAGAUUGAAAUUCAAGAUUGAGUUUUUGGGGCCGUUUAACGGCCCUAAAAAUCCCUGAAAAUCCCUGUUAUUGUAUACAAUAAAUCUAGUUUUAAUGCAUGUAUGAUGUGGAUGAUAGAUAUAUCUUUCAUGCUAGCGAGAUUACAGUAUUUUCUUCCUAGUACCUACUUACUAAGGCCCCAUGAGAUCGGGACGAAGUCAAAUUAAACCGGAAUGAAAAUUGAAAUUGUCAACAUGUUUACAUGAGACCGAUACGAAAAUCAUAAAAUUUUCAAUUUAUUCCCCUUGCCAGGCAAUUUUCUUUUUUAGAUGACUUUUGUUAGCAUGUGUUGUUCCAAUGUCAAGGUUACAGCCGAGACCGGUCUGAAAUGUAUUUGUGUUUACAUUCAUCCCAGUCUGAAUCCGUGCAGAUCUCACUCGAUUCAGUAAUAAAAUAUUACUCGGAGUAUGUUUUUUCAUAUAUCAAUAUUUUUUUCAGGAAUUCCGUUCUUCAAGACUGUUCUUGUUUUCCUUCAAAGCACACGUUGUGCUGUAACCGCUAUAGUUCUAUAUCGUCAAGCACCCAACAAGAUCACACUCUCCUUCAUGAUCAAGAAUGGGAAGUCGAGAGUUAAAAUAAUCUUCUAUUUAAACAAUUUUAGUGUAGGCAAUCAUGCGAUGGCGAGUACAAUUAGGGAUUAAUAGUACGAGUGAUGUUUGGAAAUUUUGCCAAAUUUGGACGAGCCGCCGGGGCGUGUCCAAUUUGGCAAAUCUCCAAACAUCACGAGUACUAUUAAUCCCUAAUUGUACGAGCAACAUCGCAUGAUUACUUGUUUAUUAUUAGCAUGACAAAAUUGGAUACGUACUUCUCAAUGUCAAAAUCAUAUUCUCUCGCCAAAACCAAUUUCUGCCACUCUUUCAACCAAAAUGUGGUGCUUUUGUUUGUAUUUUCAUUUAGUUCUUUUGUUCAAGCAAAAGUUGGUGCUUUUGUUCGUAUUUUCAUCUAGUUCCUCCACGGCAAUUUCAUUUCACGCGUGUGUUUAAAAUACCUUUCCGCUAUUUUGUUUGUUUUUUGUUUUGUUUGUACUGCAGUACAAUUAAUGAAAUAAUUGUGCUCCUCUCAACCAAUCAGCAUCCAGUAAUUUUGUCAUGCUAAUAAUAAAUAGGUUUAUACGUGCAUGAUAGUUUAUUUUAUAUUUGUAGCAUUGUUGUAUUUUUUCGCAUUCUGUAUUAAAUUCACAAUCAUCUAGAAAAGAAUUUGGUGUAGCCACUGUCCUGUGC